AUGUCAGACGUACCAACUUCUUGUGCGGAGCACAGGCGUACUAGUUUCCCCCCUCGAAUACCAGCUUUCAGCCAGCUCGGUACAAGGAUUUCUAAGUGGCCGUCUAACAUCCCUGCCUUAAGCCUCAAACCAGGUCACUCCGACUCCGCACCCGUUCCGAAAAGGACAGGCUUAAGCGGGGUCGGCCUAUCUAUGGAAGAUUUUCUGGAUGGGUUGUUGUCAAAGGAGGCUGAGGAUCAACCCUCUGACAAUGUCCCUCUUGAGAAAUUGGAAAUGAAACUGCCAGAUGACUUUGAUGAGAAACGAUUCAAUCAAGGUCGCCGUUUCUACUGGGACAACUGCUACGCGAUGAGCACAUCCAUGAUGUUAGGUCUGGUGGCGGUAUUCGCGGUGCCAUCCAUUCUGCGCAUCCUGGUCAGCACACGCCGCUCCAAUUCCACGUUCACCGCUUACAGAAGAUAUCUCUCCACGUUGCUUCACACAGUGACUUGGUUCGAACAUGAACUUAAGCCCGGAACCAAAUCUUGGAAAUCCCUAUAUGCAGUUCGCACUCGUCAUCUAAAGGCAGGAAAUGCGGCUAAGCUUAAAGGUUUAGGAGUGGUGUCACAAAGGGAUAUAGCGCUGACUCAAUAUGGUUUUAUUGGCUUCUCGCUUCUUAAACCAGACAAGUUCGGCAUAACACAAUUACAAGAGGGCGAUUGGGAAGCCUACGUAUACAGUUGGAGAGUUAUCGGGCAAAUGAUCGGAUUGGAAGACAGGUACAACAUAUGCCGCAAAACUGCCGAAGAGACGCGGCAGGUAUGUCAGGCGUUACAAGACCGUGUAUACACGCCAUGCCUUGAGAAUGUCCCUGAGUACUACGAACACGCUGCCCGGGUUAUGUUGGACGCAGAAUGGUUCGCACACUGGUUUCAAGGUGUAGCCAUCUCUGGGUUCGAUUCCCGGUCGGGUCAACACAAAAAAAAUAAUUUUCUAUAUUGUGUUGGGUCUGGGAUGUGGUCUGUCAAUCCGACUGUGAACGUUAGUGCUAUGUUGUAUUUGACCCGCUACCUGGCCGAUGUCCCCGGCUACGUAUACACUGAGACUGAUCGAAUUCAGUUUCAAAGAAAACUCAGGAAACAAUUGCAAGGAAAAUCUUCCGACACAGGCGUGGAUUCUACGUCGCUGAUGUCAAAGCCAGCACUAAGCGGACUCCCAUCGUUACCUCCCCGUCUCCACUACAUGCGCGAUUACGAAAAAUUAGAAACAGUACCAAAUUAUAAACAGCUUUGUCUAAAAGCUAAAUACAAAAUAGCUUUCUUUACCAUACAAUUUGGUGUGAAAAAAUCACUUGUAGAUAUAUUUGUUGAAGAUCCUAUUGAUGAUGCAAAAUUAAUACCGAAUUCAGAAUACUACAAAAAGGAUAUGGUUGAAGAGCCGUGGCAUAAGAAAUGUCUUAGUUUUAUUUGGUGA